GGCGGGUCCCGCUCGGAGGAAGCGUCGUCCCCACGGCGGGACAGCGGCCGGCCGGGGUCCCCGCGGGCUCGGGCAUGGAGGCGGAGCCGCAGGUGUACCCGGUGGCGGGCGCCGCGGGGCCGCAGGACGAUGAGGACCGGCUGCGGGUCCCCGACGGGCCGGCGGCCCCGCUGGACGAGCUGGUGGGCGCGUACCCCAACUACAACGAGGAGGAGGAGGAGCGCCGCUACUACCGCCGCAAGCGCCUGGGGGUGCUGCGCAACGUGCUGGCGGCCAGCGCGGCGGGCGCGCUCACCUACGGCGUCUACCUGGGCCUCCUGCAGAUGCAGCUGGUCCUGCACUACGACGAGACGUACCGCGAGGUGAAGUACGGCAACAUGGGGCUCCCCGACAUCGACAGCAAGAUGCUGAUGGGCAUCAACGUCACCCCCAUCGCCGCGCUGCUCUACACGCCGGUGCUCAUCAGGUUUUUCGGCACCAAGUGGAUGAUGUUCCUGGGGGUGGGCAUCUACGCCCUCUUUGUCUCCACCAACUACUGGGAGCGCUACUACACCCUGGUGCCCUCGGCCGUGGCCCUGGGCGUGGCCAUCGUGCCGCUCUGGGCGUCCCUGGGGAACUACAUCACCAGGAUGGCCCAGAAGUACGACGAGUACGUCCACUUCAAGGAGCGGGAGGAGCACGGCCCGAAGAAGCGCCCGCCACGGGGCUCCCACGCGCCCUACCUCCUGGUCUUCCAGACCAUCUUCUACAGCUGCUUCCACCUGAGUUUCGCCUGUGCCCAGCUGCCCAUGAUCUACUUCCUGAACCACUACCUGUAUGACCUGAACCACACGCUGUACUCCGUGCUCAGCUGCGGUACCAACAGCCACGGCAUCCUCAGCGGCUUCAACAAGACGGUCCUCCGCACGCUGCCGCGCAGCCGCAACCUCAUCGUGGUGGAGAGCGCGCUCAUGGCCGUGGCCUUCUUCGCCAUGCUGCUGGUGCUGGGUCUGUGCGGCGCCGCCUACCGGCCCACGGAAGAGAUUGACCUGCGCAGCGUGGGCUGGGGCAACAUCUUCCAGCUGCCCUUCAAGCACGUCCGCGACUACCGCCUGCGGCACCUCGUGCCCUUCUUUAUCUACAGCGGCUUUGAGGUGCUCUUUGCCUGCACGGGCAUCGCCCUGGGCUACGGCGUGUGUUCCGUGGGGCUGGAGCGCCUGGCCAACCUCCUCGUGGCUUACGGGCUGGGCGCGUCCGCCUCGUCCCUCCUGGGCCUGCUGGGGCUCUGGCUGCCCCGCUCGGUGCCCCUGGUGGCCGGGGCCAUGGUGCACCUGCUCCUCAUUCUCGGCCUCUUCCUGUGGGCCCCAGCGCCUCGGACCCUGCAGCACAUGUGGACCCUGUACGUGGUGGCCGUUCUGUGGGGCGUGGGCAGUGCCCUCAAUAAGACCGGCCUCAGCACACUUCUGGGAAUCCUGUACGAGGACAAAGAGAGGCAGGACUUCAUCUUCACCAUCUACCACUGGUGGCAGGCCGUGGCCAUCUUCGUGGUGUACCUGGGCUCCGGCUUACCCAUGAAGGCAAAGCUGGUGGUGCUGCUGCUAACACUGGUGGCAGCCGUGGUGUCCUACCUGUGGAUGGAGCAGAAGCUGCGUCACGGAUUGCUGCCCCGUCAGCCCCGCAUCCCGCGGCCCCAGCACAAAGUGCGCGGCUACCGCUACCUGGAAGAGGACAACUCGGACGCGAGUGACGGGGAGGCCGAGCCUGGCGGUGGUGGAGCAGGAGGAGUCCCUGAGGACUGCCUGGAGGAGGAGGCCCCUCCUGCUGGGACCCGGCCAGGCCCCGAACCAGUCGCCUGUCGCCGGCCUUGCCCCUAUGAACAGGCGCAGGGAGGGGACGGGCCAGAGGAGCAGUGAGUGCCCACCUGCACCUCUUCCAGAGCGGGGGGUCCCCUGAAGCUUGGACUGAGCCACCUCCAAGGUGGUUGGGGGCCUGAGACCCCUGGGUGAGACCUCGGGUUUGAGAGACAGUACGAAGCCCCCACCCCAGGCUAGAAAGAGGAUCUCUGUCAGUCUGUCUGUCUGUCUCUCUCCCUCCCUCUCUCUCCCUCUCUCUUUCUCCUUUUUCUCUAUCUCCUUCUCUCUCUCCCUGUCUCUCUUUCUCCCUCUCUUUCUCCCUCUCUCCCCUCCCCCCCUCUCUCUCCCCCCUCUCUCCUCCAUCUCCUCUCUCUCUCUCUCUGUGCGCUAACUCGCUGCGAGCUUUGCACCUGCCGUGGGACUGAGGAGCGACUCCACGGAAUGAGCAGUAAGGAGCCUUGGACCCGUGGGAGCAUCAGGCUGCGUGGGACGUGCGCGUGGGCCUGGCUGAUCCCAGACCUGGCACGAGACCCCCUGCCUGACCCCCCCCCCCCCCGCCGCUGCAGCUGCCAGCCCCAUCCCAUCCACCUGGAGAAAAGCCCAGAAAGUCCCCAGGUGCCCGCAGUGACCGAGGGGGCUGCCAGUUCCCUGGAGAUGGAAAGAUCGGCCCCGGGCCAGAAGGACAGGACCGGGUUAGGCUGUUGGCUCACGUGUGGUGGGCCCCAGUUCUACUCCCGGCUGCGAACACGGCCCCCAAGCACCAGGACUGAUCCCUGAGCGACACUGGGUGUGGCCCAGCCCAAAAACAUAAAUAAGCUUUAAAUAAAGGACGGCUGUCCAGCGGGCGGGAGUCUUGUCUGCACGCGGCCGACCCGGGUUCGAUCCCCAGCAUCCCACAUGG